UCAAAAAGAAAGGGAGGCCAGAAAACGGGGUAGCCGCACCAAGACGCGAGAGAGAUAGACAGAGAGAGAUGAGGGAAUAACCACCGAACAAAACCACUAGAAACACACCAAAACCAAACCAAAACCGCGAUCCUGGUCCAGAUGCAGUCUUCGAACUUCAACUUCGAACUUCAACUUCGAACCCGAACCUAUACCCCACCGAACGAGAGAACCAGAAGGGGAGAGAGAGCCGCCGACAGAGGUAUACAAUAAGACGCAGCAGCGCGCCCUCCCUCACCGCAAAACACUGAAAGAAAGCUUAGCACCAGGAAACAACAGCAAAAGCACCAAAAACGCCCAAGCCAUGCGUGCGUGUGAGGCCGCUGUGCAGAAAACCCCUUCACCGCACACCACCCACACGCAAAGCACAAAACACAAAACACACGAAACCACACCAAACAACCAAACAAAAACAAACGCAAACACGCAAACAACCCCACAAAACACAGCGCCAAGGCACGCCACACGCGCAAGAGCGCGCCAUGCUCGCAAAAAAAUCAAGUUUCUCAUCUUCAUCUUCAUCUUCUUCGUCUGCACUGCCUGCGUUAUCUCAACCCCCUUUGUUCCUUUCCCCCUCUUCUUUCCCCCCUCUUCUUUCCCUCCUCUUCUUUCUUCCUCCUCUUCCUCUUCUUUUCCUCCAUGGCGUUGUCUUGCUUGUUGGCCAAGCAGUCAGUUGUUCGGAAGAGGGACCGGAAGGCGUGAGAGCGGGUAUCGAGGGUGUGGCGUGAGCGUGAAUGUGAGUGUGAGUGUGUACGUUGGCUGAACAGUUCGCACGCGCGAACAAGCGGCCGUAGUAGGCGGGCGGUCUGAAGUCCUGCCAGCGGAUCCAUCGAGCCCAGAAGUCA